GUGCACUGAACAAAAUAACAACAACAGAAUCCGAUAUAUAUAUAUUUUUUUUAAAAUUAUUUUUAGACUUGUCGACUACACUACACUACAGCCUGUCGGGUGGGUCUGCCACAUAGUCGAAAGUUACUGCAAUAUGCAUACCAUAACCAGUAAGAAUCUGAGCAGCGAAGAGCUGAUGGAGGUACACAAUUGGCUUAUACAGAAUAACAUUGGCACACACAGGCUGCGUCGUGACUUCUCUGAUGUGUGGCCCCUGGCAGAGAUAUUGAAGCGUCACUAUCCACGCCUCGUGGAUCUCUACAAUUACCCGAAGAAGAGCAGUGUGCAGCUCAAGAUGGCCAACUGGGAGACGUUCAAUUUUAAGGUGCUGUCCAAGUUCAAGAUAACGCUUAGCCGAGAGUUCAUGGAACUACUAUCGAACGGCGUACACGGCACCGCGGAGGUGUUGCUGCAUGAGAUCAUACGACUGGAGAAGCGGCAGCGCAUGGUGGAGGAGCGCAAUGUAUCGGUGCGCCAGGAGCAGGCCUGGGAGGAGAACGAUGAAGUGAAGGUCGUUGUGGUCAACAAGCGGGUUGGCGACGCCAUUGUCCAAAUACCACAGAAAAUGAUAUUGUAUUCGCUGUACGAGAAAAUGUCGCAGGACAACCAAACGAAGGAUCUCCUGAUUGACACCUACCAGCAGCGCUUGACACACAUGGAGAACAUCAUUAAAGUGAAGACACAACGCAUUGAGGAACUGCUAAUGCAAAUGGGCAAAAUACCCCCGAAGAUGGCCAAUACUGUGACAUCCAGCUGCUUCCUCAAUUAUGAUGGUAAAUGUCAAGCUCCAGCCCCGUCUCUCGACUCAGACAGUAGAAAAUAAUGCUAAGGCCAGGCUAAUUCCAGUUAUGUCCCAAAAUACCAAGCAGCCA